AUGGAAGAAAAUCCUAUUUCUGAAUAUAUAUGACAAAGAGAAAUUAAAGGGUUCUCUUUUAUACCUAGCUUGCAAAUCCUUAGCCAGCGAGUUUGGAAUUUAGCUGUAAUUACUAAUUAGCGCAUAACGCCUAACCACAGUAUAGGAAUUUAUAAACCAGAAUCUCCUAUAAUUUUCCUUAAAAGUAAAGCAAGCCAUCUUAUCACAGUUGAUAAGCUUGGAAGAUGCAUAUAUCACUCAGCUAUUCCUAAUACUCAACCAUUUCUGUUAACAGCACCUUUUGAGAUCUGUUUCAAAGCUUUUUUCCUAAAGAAAUCCCUUAUUCUCUUGCUCAGACAUAAAAAUUCGGAAUUAAUGAGAUUCUAUUCGAUUUCUUUAAACUCUUUAGAAGAAAGAUCCGAUUUCAGAACAGAAAUUUUUUUCUCGGUUCAAAUUUUAUAUAGCUUCUUUGAUCAAAUAGACUGUGGCAGAGGGAUUUUUACAUGCAAAACUGUAAAUGAGUUCCAGGUAUGAAAUAUUACCACAGGGAGAACUGUAGCCAUAUUCCCAAUGAACACCCAAGGAAACCUAAAAUAUUCUAACGGCUACAUUUUAGUAUCAAAAGAUUUAAUUGAUGGAAUUUUUAUAGAAAUCUAUACCAUAAACUCAGAAUUGAUAAGAAAAAUAAAGAUCUUAGGCCUCAACAGUUCAAUCGAAUAUGAAAUCAAUAAUGGCAGCUUAAUGUUCUUAUUCUGAAAUAAAAUUUUCGCUAUUAAUUAUACUACUUGCCAAACAAAGAUCCUAUGCGAAGACUCAAUUGUCGAAAUCUGUGGGAUAGAGGGAGAUGAUAUGAUAGUUAAUUUUUCUUCUGGAAAACUAUACUUUUUGUCUAAUUUUGAGAGAUUUGUGCCUUCAAGUGGCUUUAGCAUUAUUGCCUGCAGUAAUAAAGAUUUGGUGAUAGUAUUUGAUAAAGUGUUAAAACUUGCUCAUAUAAUCAAUAAAGAAGAAGGAAAUCUCAUAAAUACUAUUUGUAUACCAAAAGAGCACAAUAUAAGUGUAAUUGGGAUAAACAAAGAUACUCAUCAAAUAUUUUUGGGGACAAAGAAAGGGCAGAUCAUACUUCUAGAAUAA